AUGGAGAUGAAAUCCAUAGUUUUAUUUUUGUUUAUUGUUCAGGCAAUCCUUAAUAUUGUCAUCUUGAGUGAGCCACUCUAUGCCGACAUUUUCCGAUGCAAAAAAGACUCUGGAAGCUUUCUAGCAAACAGCACCUACGAGAAUGAACUAUUGACUGCAUUCAAGACACUAAGUACAUUAGUAAAAUUGGGCACCGACAGUGCAAGAACUGAACAGAUUUACGCCACAAGUGUUUGUGCAGGCUAUUUAAAAAUCGAAGCUUGCAAGUCUUGCGUAAACAACACAAUUCCACUUCUUCUAAAGAGCUGCCCAAAGAUAAAACAAGCUUUCGCAUGGAGGAGCAAAUGCAUGGUACAAUAUGGUCCCGUAAGAAAUGUAAUUGCGUAUGAUUCUUGGUUUUUUGCCCAUGAAACUAGUAAUAUUAAAGCGAAGGAUAUUGGAGGGCUGGAGAAAACCAUGAUAACACUAGUGGAAAAGUUAUCGCAACAGGCAGCCUAUGUUGACAGAAAUACUAAAUACGCUUAUGGGACUAUGCCUUUUGGCUCACGUCAAACUUUGUUCAUGGUUAUGCAAUGUACUACUGAUAUAGUACCAGAAGAUUGCCUUAAAUGUUUACAAGUCCGUGUAUAUGGAGAGAUGAAAUCUUGUUGUAGUGGUGCAACAGCUGCAGCAACAUUAACCAACGGUUGCUAUAUGAGGUACGCCCAUGAUGAUUUUCGAAGUCGGUAA